AUGUUCUUCGCCCAGACCGUGCCAGCGGUGCGGAAUGCCGCCAUUGCUCUGGCAUUGAUCCACCAGAACUACUUGGAUGGCUUUUCUAGAGGCCGUGCUCAUCGACCGCAGCAGCCCUUGGAAUGCAUGCCGUCGGAUAGGUCUCCCUUGCUUCACUACAAUCGGGCCAUUCAACUGCUUCUGAACCUAGAGAUUGGCGACAGCACCGAAACAACAGCCAUCACCCUUUUGGUCUGCUAUCUCUUCUCCUGUUUUGAUCAUCUGGCGGGCAACUAUGUACAAGCAGUAAAGCACCUACGGGGAGGCGUGGAGCUCUCGCGCAACAUCGACAAGUCACUGCUGAACAACAAUGAGUUAUAUGACGAUGCCAAGCCCUCUGGGGUCCGCACAGUCAUAUGUCAGGUCACAAGACAGAUCCGCCGUCUCGAUGCACAGGCCGUGACAUAUCUGAUUGACUGGACUCCGGCCGAUAUCCAGGAGGCACUUACGCCGCACUUUCCAACCUUUGACAGUGCCUUUCGGUCCCUCGACCAAGCCGCCGAUCAGCUCCAGAUUCUCGUCGCUCGGGUGAUGAUACUGCACUAUACGGCACAGCAAAUGUCCCUGGUGGAUGAGAUACCCCAGCCACCUGUGCCACCGAAGGAUAUCGUUCUUGGGCAGUUGGAAACGUGGUUGAGCCUUUUCGAAAACAUGCCGCAACUCGGCAACAACUCCUACGAGACAGAUUCCGAAACCUACCCUCUGAUAUCACUUCUGCGCUUACAACAUACCAUCUCAUGGACUUUACUCAGUGGUCACGGGCCUGGCGGGGAAAUGGAGUAUGAUAAAUUCCUGCCCCAGUUCCGGCAAUGCGUAGCCUUGGCAGGCUACGUGGCGGCGGCGCAUGAGCGGUAUGCGGGGUUGUUGAAGCCGACUUUUACGCCCGAGAUCGGAAUCGUCCCCGUUCUUUACAUCAUUGGUGUCAAAUGCCGACAGCCCGUGGUCCGGCGCGAGGUGUUAAGGAUCUUACGACAGCGACCGAUACGCGAGGCUGUUUGGGAUAGCAUCUAUGCCGCCAGGGUAGUGGAACGGGCAAUCGAGAUUGAAGAGGAUGGUGGUGAUGGAGAGCGGGAAGCAGCAACGAGCAUGGAACAAAUUGCUGUGUGGCAGAGGAUCGAGAGCAUGUCUUGGGCAGAUGUCGUUGAUGGAAAGUCUCCAGCGAGGUUGGAUAUUGCGUAUACGUUCUGCACGCGGGAGGGAAUGCAUAUGGAGUCUCUCCUUAUAUAA